CCAUGCACGUGCGCCGGGAUCCAAAACCAAGGUUAACAAAGCAUUUUGAUCACUGCGGCCUGCCUGCGGGUCAGAUAAAAACGCUUGUUAACUGACGGACGGAGAGUUUCAUCAGGAGUGAAAGAAAGGUUGCCGGCCAGGUAUCCGGACCCUCUCCACGGCUGCAUGAUUGAUUUGAUUCGAUCCGGCCAUCGACUUCCCGGCCCGCCAACGGGUUCCCUCGCGCUCCUCUCCUACCACCCAUGGUUUCGUCACGGAGCACAACCAACGGCACGCAUGCAAACGGCCCUCCGUCGUAUAGUAUAUAACCCCGGCCCGGUCGCCUCCAUCCGCACCCGAGCGAGCACGCACGCACGCAUCACUCUCCUCUCCGGAGCAGCGGCGGCCGUGCCUGCCACGCGCGCGCGAGCGUACGUACACAUGGGAGAAGAGGUCGCCUCCACCGCUGCGGCGCCGUCCUCGCUGAUGGCCGCGGCGGCCGUCAAGGGGGACGAGGAGCGGUACGCCAUGGUGGCGUCGCGGUUCUUCCGAGUGAAGCCCGGCGCCGGCGGCGCCGCUGCCCUCCGCCCCCACUUCCUCGACUCCUGCUUCCUCUGCAAGAGGAGCAUCUCCCGCGACGGCGACAUCUUCAUGUACAGGGGUGACGCGGCGUUCUGCGGCGAGGAGUGCAGGCAGGACCAGAUGGCCAUGGACGAGGCGCUCAACGCGGCGGCGCGCCGGCACCGCAAGCAGGCCGCGGCCGAGCAGGCCGCCGGCACCGCGCGCCGCGAGGAGGCGGGCGCGACGGCGGCGUCGAUGAUGCACCGCCGGCCGACCAUCGCCAACCUCGGCGCGGUGGCGCGCACCCCCGUGGCCGCCAGCUAGCAACCUAUGCUCGUCGGCGCGGCGCGUGCACCAUGGAUCGAUCUUCCUUAGCUAGAUCGCUAGGAGGCUAAAAAGUAAAAACGGACUGAUCAUAAGUUCAUAACGGAGGGUCGGCCGAAUGCUAGCAAGCAAGAGCGGAUAGAUGUAUAGUUAAGAAGACAUGGAUCUCAAAAUGUUUUCCUGCAUGUUAUUGCUGCGUACGCUAAAGUAAAGUGGAUCAUCAGCUCUAGCUGGAGUUCAUCAGUCUAGCUCUCGAGUCUUCUUUGGUGCAAGUUAAUCUGAGCGUGUGUUCUUCUUCUCAAUGAUAUGACACCCUUCUUCAA